AUGGGACCUGCUGGGAGCUUGCUGAGCAGCAGCGGGCAGUUGCAGAUAGUCCUGUGGGGAAGUCUAGCAGCCAUGGCCACCUUCUUCCUCAUCACCUUCCUCAUCUUCCUGUGCUCCAGCUGUGACAGAGAGAAGCAGCCAAGGCCUCACAGUGGGGACCACGAGAACCUGAUGAACGUGACAUCAGACAAGGAGAUGUUCAGUCGUUCCAUUACUAGCCUAGCAACGGAUGCUCCUGCCAGCAGUGACCAGAAUGGGGCACUCACCAAUGGUGACAUUCUUUCGGAAGACAGUACUGUGACCUGCAUGCAACAUUAUGAGGAAGUACAGACCUCAGCUUCUGAUCUGUUAGACUCCCAGGAUAGCACAGGGAGACCUUCCAAAUGUCAUCAGAGUCGGGAGUUGCCCAGAAUUCCUCCUAACAGCACGGUGGACACGAUGCUCAAUACAAGAAGUGUGGAUGGGGACCAGUGUCUGGGAAUGGAAGGCCCAUAUGAAGUACUCAAAGAUAGUUCCUCUCAAGAAAAUAUGGUAGAGGACUGCUUAUAUGAAACAGUAAAAGAAAUCAAAGAUGUGGGAGCAACUACACACCCAGAUAAAGGCCACAAUGGCAAGUCCAAGUCUACCGCUGCCUUGAAGGAACUUCCAGAGCCCCAAGCCCAAGGCAAAGCAGAGUUUGCCGAGUAUGCUUCAGUGGACAGAAACAAAAAGGGCCGACAAAGUGUUAAUGCAGAGGUUGUUCUUGGAUGCUCACAUGACCCAGAAGAGGAGGCCCCACCACCUGUCCCCAUUAAACUUCUAGAUGAGAAUGAAAACCUUCAGGAGAAGGAAGAGAAAUUGGUAAAAGAAGAAGGAGGCGCCGAGGGCACCACUGAAACCAACAAGAGACUUAGUUCAUUGUCAUAUAAGUCUCGGGAAGAAGACCCAACUCUUACAGAUGAAGAGAUCUCAGCCAUGUACUCAUCAGUGAAUAAACUUGGACAGUCAGUGAAUAAAUCAGGACAGUCGCUUAAAGUGCCAGAAUCCACCUACACCUGUAUUCAAGAUGGCACCCCUCAAAGAUCCCCAUCUUCCUGUAAUGAUCUCUAUGCUACUGUAAAAGACUUUGAGAAAACUUCCAACAGCAUCAGCACACCUCCACCAGCAGAGAGACCCACCGAGGAGCCAGAGCCAGAUUAUGAAGCAAUACAGACUCUCCACAGAGAAGAAGAAAAGCCCUCUCUAGAGACCAAUGGUCUCCAUGGUCUUUUCCCAAAGGAGAAUGACUACGAGAGCAUUGGGGACUUGCAGCAGCAGUGCAGGGAUAUCACCAGACUCUAG